UUCUUUUUUUAUCUAGAAUUGAAUUCUGUUUUUAUUGUUUAAAACAAACAGAUUAUAUCUUAAAUCAUAUAAUACUACUAUACAUGCGAGUUGAGAAAUAUAUAGAAAAGUCUCCAAAUCAAUCUCUUCUAUAUGCAUCACCACUUAAUUAUCAUAUUUUCAAAUUGAGAAACAAUUAUCUAGUACAAUCUUACAGUCUAGUGCCAUACAAUUAUAUCGUUAUAGAGAGCCUAUCCAAAUUUUUUAAAAAUGCAUUAUGUCAAGUUGAAUUUUGUAGGUAAAUUCAUAGAGAACACACUAAUAUAAAAUAGUGGACAAAAUGUCUCUGUUACAUACUAUAUGAUUUACAAUUUUUUGAAUUGUUUAAACGGAAAGGACCAUUUGCAUUUUUCACUUUCCUAUGCGGCCGCUAGAUGUCAUCAUAUUACUAGGCCACUAUAGUUCACUUUUUUAAUAAACAAAAACCCACUUUGAUCUGCAUAUCCACCUGGAUCACAUACAAAACCCUAUUUCCCCUUUUUGUUUUUAACCUUCUUUAAUCAGCAAGAACAGCCAAAAAGAUCAACCAAAUCUCAGAUCUUUCAUGGACCACUUCUCUUGCAAGAAUACAAACAAGAUGGCCAGGACCCACGUUGUUGUCGGUUCCAGACCGUGUUGUUUCUUCUGUGCCAUGGAGGAAAAAGACCCUUGUGUUAGAAAAGCAUGGUUAGAGUUAUCUCUGAGAGAUAUGCACAUGACAAGAGACGACACAGAGCUUGCUCUAACACUCAGUUUUAUCUGGAGAUACGCCAUGUCUGACCCCGAGAACCCCGAGUUACCGACUCUCGGGGUCUUUGAGUGCAUGACAAGGUUGAUGAAGAAAGGUCUUGAGGAUGUAGAAUGGGUAAUGACUGGCCAAAAUGUGUAUGUUCCUUACUAUGCUGCUCAUAUCAUUGGAUCUUACACCAUGAAGAACUCUGAGUUUGCUGCAAAAGCAGUGGAGUCUGGGGUAAUAGCUCCAUUGCUUGAGCUUAUGAGAGGUAAAAUGAGUUGGGUGGAGCAAAGAGUAGUGGUUAGGGCGUUAGGUCACUUGGCGAGCUACGAGACAACGUUUGAGGCAGUGGCUGCGUACGAGAAUGAAGUAAUGAGAUUAGCCAUGGAGAUUGCAACGACAUGUGUUGAUGUUGUGUAUGAGGAGUUUGUAAGUGUUCAAGAAAAAGGAAGAGUGAGGUAUCACAGUGAAUUGCUUACUAGAGGACUUGGAGGGUUAGAGAUGGAAGACCGAAAAGCCGAGGAAUGGGCAAGCCAACUCCAAUGCUGGUCACUACAUUUACUCAAUUGCUUUGCUUACAAGCAAAGGUGUAUUUCUCUUAUUUGCAACAAAACCUUUCUCAAGGAGCUUAGCCAAAUGUGGGGUGGAUUGGUUAACCAAACUUCUCCUGCAGGAAUCGGUCUAAUUCGGAUUAUUUGCUAUAGUAAACAAGGGCGAAGACAUGUAUCGGGAUCGAGAGAAAUGAUACUGAGUCUAUGCAAUCUCUCCCGGUCUUCUGAUGAUUGGCAAUACAUGGGUAUAGAUUGCCUACUGCUCCUUCUUAAAGACCAAGAAACAAGGUACAAAGUCUUAGAGAUGUCAUUGUUUUAUCUAGUAGACCUAGUUGAGCUUAAAGCUCUUAACGUCAGACCAAACCUAGGUGAUAGAAUAACUAAGGUUCUUGUAAUGCAUUACAACACAAAGAAAGGUUGUGUUUACUCUCACAAGGCCCAAAAGGCUUUGAAAGAACUAUGGAGGAAUAAAGUAGAGAGGAGAAAGAGGGAGCGAAAGUUUAUGAGUAAGAAUAAAGAAUUUCUGACAGAGACAAGUGUUGUCGUAAAUUUGAUUAAGCAGCAAGCAAACCAAUUGCUUUGUGUAGGAGACAUAGAGGGAGCUAUUAAAUGCUACAACGAAGCGAUAGGCUUAUGUCCUUUGAAACUUAGGAGAAAGAGAAUGAUUCUUUAUAGCGAAAGAGGAGAGUGUUACUUACUUCUUGGAGAUGUAGAUGCGGCUAUAAGUGAUUGCACAAGAGCUCUUUGCUUGUCGGAACCAGUGAAUUCACAUGGUAAGAGUCUUUGGACAAGGUCAAGAGCUUAUGACAUCAAAGGGCUUUCAAGAGAAAGCUUGAUGGAUUGUAUCAUGUUUGUCAAUGGCCGCUGCUUUCGUGGUAAUAUUCCUUACUAUGCUGCUCAAAUGAUCAGCAAACAGAUGGAGGCUACAUGGCUUUUUGAAGAGGCUAGAGCAUCAAAGCUUAGAAGAAUGAUGCACAAGGAGAAAUAUCACUUAACUGGUUUGUCGACGAUCACAGAAGAACCUGGGAAGAAGAGGGAAGGAAUGAUGGUGCAAAGGAAGAAACUUGAUCUCUUGGAUUGAUUAAUCUAUGUAGCAUCUUAUUCUGUCUCACUAUUUUUUUCUUUUCGUUUUAUAUUAGAAAGUUUGGUACUUUUGUGAUGGAUUAGUAUCGAAUUGUCAAAGAGUUUUAAGUGUUGCAUGACUCAAAAUCAAUAUGUACUACUAGAAAAUCUUGUUCUUAUUUAUAUCGGGUUUUUUUUUUU